UCCUCGCGCUCCUGGUACCUCCCCGCCCGCGCUGCAGCGCCAGCCUGUGCCUGUUUAUAUCCAAGGCAACUGACACCAGCCCAGCUGCCCACGUCUGCUGCCGCCCACGCGAUAGCUGCACCCGUCGAGACCGAGCUCGCAUACUGCAAUACCGCGACCGCCAUUCGCCGCGCGCGUCCCGUGAUUCCGUCAUUCGCCGGCGCAGCAGGAACUAUCCGCAGUAGAUGCUCCUGCACGCCGACCCGAGUCUGGCCGAGGUCCCAGGCUUCUCAACCGAGCAAUUGGAGAGCCUGACCCGCAGCGUCGAGCUCAAGAAACUGAAGCUCGAGGCAGACAUUACCGAGUAUAUAGCGCGCAAGCAGCGCGACCUGCGCCAGUAUGAGCAAGAGCUCCUAGAAGAGUACCGCAGGACGGAGCGCGCCUCGACCCCAGAGGCCACGGGCAAAAUCUCGAUGCGUGCGGAGCCUCAGUCACAAACCCCGGCUGUCUCGCCACAUUCGACCGCACGUGCAGCUUCACCCGCUGAAUCCUCAGCGGAGGCGAAGAAGCUGGAGGACAAGGCGAAGCGCACAAAGCACACACGCGUCCACAAGCGGGAAAAGGAGCUGUGUGGACUCGUCACACCAAUAUUUCUGCCACUUCUAGACGCCGGCGACACCUCGCCCUCAAAAAAGGAGAAGGAGAAGAAGAAAAAGCGGCAUAAGGAGGGCAAGAUUGACAGCCCCGGAAAUUCGCCUCCGAACUCAGAGCAGGCACCGUCGUCAAGGGAUGGUGAGAAAGGAAAAGAGACGCACACGUCCCGGAGUAAGAACAGUGAGGAAAGGAUGGAGCGGGUAGAGGAAGUCAUGAGCAGCGACGCUCCGAAGGACAAUCAGAAACAGGAGACUGGAAAGAAGGCGAAACGGCCCGCAGUCAAAAAGUCUUCCAUGCGGCAUAAAAGCGACGAGAAGAGGAGACGCAAGAGAGUGAGCUUGGUCAUCGAUGAUCAGAUCGUCCUGCCAGCGGAGGAGGUCAGGGAAGCAGCUCUCAUGUCGCCGAGCGAGACCACCGUAUCUAGCGCAUCGAAUUCGACGACCUCCCUGGAGGAUAUGCUGGAUCCUCGUCUUGUAGCUCGCCACGAUACCCCCUUUCACGAGCAUCGGGACCCGGUGCAUCAUAGCCUUCCGCUGCCGAUGCACCUACCCAGCACAUCGCCUACCAAGCAUGUGGGCCACACGCUCCCUGAAUCCCCCGUCUCACACUCACCUCCUACUUCACCGGUAUCUCCCCGCUCACCCCGUUCGCCCCUAUUGUAUGAGCUUCCACAAACCGCCACGCGCACGUUUCUCGAUCCUUCGCCGCCGAACGCUGAUCUGGAAAUCCCUCAAUACGCGUCCGCAGCUCCGAUUUACGCCGAUGAACCCGAGCUCGCCGAGACCGUUGAAGAGGAGUUCAGUACGUACGUGGGCGGGCUCUCCGGCUCCGGCGUCGACAACGUCGAUCAGACGGGCUCAUUCGGCUAUCCGUCAAGCUUAGGCGCGAGCUACCUAGAAAGCUACAUGCAGACUCGACCGCUCAGCGUGCGCAUGGCGGCGGCAGAGAAAGCGGGAUUACAAGGCCAGGAGAAGGAGAGGAUGAUCAAAGGAAGGAACGCGCGUGCAGACGAGGACGUGGAUCUGGACGUUGGCAAAGUCGACGACGUUGACGACGAUGAGGUCAUGGGCAGUAUGGAGGGUCUUUGAGACCUUUUCGAUCAGCUGAAUCUAAGUGGAGGAGCAGCGCUCCGCAAACUGUACGUACCUAUCCCUCUGAUGCUGCCUGCUCUUCC